UGCGUAAUGUUUAGUUCGUCCCCUAUGGUGAAUGAAGAAUCCGCUAUCCAAUUGUGGCACUGCCGUUGUCGAAAACAGCAACAUUGUUUCCUUCUGUAGACAAAGGUGUCUCGACAACCCGAUAAAUUACUGAAUAGUCAUCCAGUUCUGUCGCUUCUUGGUGAAGACAUGGAAAAACAACCACGGUUGUUGGCAUCCCAACUCCUACUGAAAAACAGCUUAUUCGAAGUGUCGUUAAACCGUGUGCUUCUGACAUGGAAAGAGAUUGCGACCAAGAAAAAACGCGUUUCUGGGGGCAUACAUCACCCAUUUAAAGUCGCUGGUCCGCAGAGUGCGGCUGCGGCCCUGGCUUGGAUAGCCUCGCUAUGUCGGGUCAAUUGGAUGGCGCACAAUUUGGCCUCGGAGUUCUUCUUUAUGAGCUGGCUGACAUUUUUCAUCACCUCACACGGUACCAGUCACGGUGUGUCAGUGUCUGAGAUCCUAGCAGUCAGGGAGCUCGACGUGGACAGCGAGACGAAAGAUGACGGCAGGUGGCAGAAAAUGCCUCAGAAAUCGACCGAGGCCUAUCCAUAUGCAUUCACAGUGUCCUACGUGGAGAGAGCGUGGCAGCACCGCUGGCGGUGUAGUGACGUCACCUUUCACUGCCUCGAGGGGGCGCUGUGUCAGCAGUGGGUCCAGACCAUCAGAGAGCAGCUCACAGCAUUGACCAGCAGACCCAAGCAUUUGCUGGUGUACAUCAACCCCUAUGGGGGCAAGCAGCAAGGCGAACGUAUUUACGAGCAGAAAGUCGCCCCUCUCUUCACCCUUGCCUCCAUCUCCACGCACGUGAUUGUUACAGAGCAUGCCAAUCAUGCCAGGGACCACCUGAGGACAGAGGCUGAGUUGAAGAAAUAUGAUGGAGUGGUGUGUGUGGGCGGGGACGGCAUGUUCAGUGAAAUGGUUCACGGCCUGGUCUCCCGGACCCAGAGGGACAACGGCGUGGACCAGAACAGCCCGGAGGAGAAGCUGGUACCCUGUACUCUGCGCAUCGGCAUUAUACCCGCAGGUUCAACGGACUGCAUCUGCUAUGCAACUGUAGGCAUCAACGACCCUGUGACCUCGGCCUUACACAUCAUAGUGGGAGAUGCCCAGCCAAUGGACGUGUGCUCGGUCCAUCACAACAACACAUUCCUGAGGUACUCUGUGUCCCUGCUUGGGUACGGUUUCUAUGGCGACGUGCUGGCAGACAGCGAAAGGAAACGAUGGAUGGGACCAGCCAGAUACGACUUUUCAGGUUUUAAGACGUUUCUCACACAUCACUACUAUGAAGGGACUGUGUCUUUUCUACCUGCAACGGACAUAUUGGGAACUCCACGAGACAAGACCAGGUGUAGAGCUGGGUGCUUCAUAUGCCAACACAACGGCCAGCUGUAUUCCGAGGAUGCCCCAGAGAUUUGCGAGACUGAUACAGAUGUUUCAGACAGUGAAUACAAAGGGGGGUGGCGGGUGAUCAGAGGGAAGUUCCUAGCCAUCAACGCGGCCAGUAUGAGCUGUGCCUGUCCCCGUAGCCCCAAGGGCCUGUCCCCCGCUGCCCACCUCGCUGACGGCACCACCGACCUCAUCCUCGUACGCAAGUGCUCUCGAUUCAACUUCCUGCGCCACCUGCUACGCCACACCAGCAAAUACGACCAGUUUGACAUGAACUUUGUAGAAGUGCACCGUGUGCGGCGCUUCCGCUUCACCCCGCGCUACUGCCAGAGUGACUCCGAGUUGGACCUGCGGGAGAAUGGCAAGAGGCUCUUCAGCCAGAUCUGCCGAGACCACCCGGCCUGCAGCUGUAGCCCUGCCUACAGCAGCUGGAACUGUGACGGCGAGAUCCUCCCUCAUGCUGCCAUUGAAGUCGGAGUGCACUGCCAGUUGAUCAAGCUGUUUGCGCGAGGGAUCGAAGAGCAGCCUGUGUUUGAGGACCUUCCCAACCCGUGUGUAGUAUAGAUCCCCCCCCCCCCACUGCUGCCCUACCCCAUCAAAGUCACUGGAACAGUCCUACUGCAUUUCAAAGGCUACUGCUGUCAUAUCCUUACCCCUGUGCCCUACCUUUUUCUGAUGGUCUUUCAGACAUCUGUUUUCUGGGGCCAUUUUUGUUUGUCUGCCACAUUUUAGAGGUCACAAGUUCACAGGUCAAAGAGUACUGUUGAUGGUACACUUACAGAGAGGUUCACUAUCCACAUCCACUAUACUGAAGAAGAAAUCAUGAAAAUACUAAAGCGGGAUUGAAUGUAGCUCUUUUCCGCUCUCCUUUUUCAAUCGAGCGAUGUUAGCAAUUAACAUGCUGUUCAACAUUUAUAAAUUAUGAAUAACUGUUACGUUUAGUUUAUUUAUUCAUUUAGAGAAAACAUUUAAUUAGAGGAUGUUUGAAUUUUGCUAGCUGCUUGCACUUUUGUUUCAAAUAGGCCGUAUGCGUUUUGACCUUAUAAGCAAUGCCUUGUUAGAAGUUAUUUUACAGCACGAAUUUGAAUACAUAUGUAUUGAUGAUCGGAUAUUGGGUGAACCAGAGAACUCUCUCGGGCAGUGUUUCCCAACUCCAGUCCUCAAGUACCCCCAGCAGUACAUUCUUUUUAUUGUGGUCCCGAACAAGCACAACUGAUUCUACUUGUCAACUAAUUAUCAAGCCCUUGACAAUUGAACCAGGGGCCUCAUUUAUCAACCGUGCAUACAUGUCUUACUUAGUUCUGAGGUACGUGGAGAUUCUAGAAUUUCCGCAACAAAUGGAUCAAACUGUCACACGCAACUUAUAGAUACGCAUGUUGUGAUUGUUAAACCAUACUAUAUUUGUGGGCUUGAAAACGAGCACUAAAACCUGACUUGGAAAACAUUUUCACAUUUUAUGGUAACAAAAAUUCCCACAUUUGCUGUAUGAUUUGAGAUUCUAGAGCUGGGCCAGGAUAGUUUCAAAAAGAAAUCGCAAUAGCAAAUUUGAUCACAAUUCUGUAGAUGUGCGUGAAGAAUUAAUAUUUUUUGUUUAAAAAAUAUAUAUAUUUUGCAGUGACCUAUGCCUCCGAUAGAGAGUGCCAAACACUGUCCACACGUACUGCACGAUUGAUUGUCCAUUCAAACUAUUUAAAAGUAAAUGCUACAGCCCAUACUUCUAUGUAAGAUACUAAUUGAUUGUCCAUUCAAACUAUUUAAAGGUAAAUGCUACAGCCCAUACUUCUAUGUAAGAUACUAAUUGAUUGUCCAUUCAAACUAUUUAAAGGUAAAUGCUACAGCCCAUACUUCUAUGUAAGAUACUAAUUGUUGUUGAAUAUUUUGUUUAUCAAUAGAAGAUAGAAACACAAUCUCCUGCCUUGGUUUAGGCUCUGAGAUUAAUAGGCUAUUGUCUCGCUCCUGUCACAAAGCCAUACUGUGGCCUACCCAUACUGUCAUAUAGGCUACCGGUCUAUUUACUUUUGAAUGAGUGAUGGAUAAAUGGUAGUCUAAUAUUUGUUGCGUAGCGGGAAUAAAGCAGUCGUCAGAAAAGGAGCGAUGUCCUGCAAUAUGAUUUAGGUGUAUAUAAUGAAAGUUAAAGUAAAUAUAUUAGGCAACAUGCUGCUACGCGAUCUUCAUACCAACGGCAAAUGCAUCCGUGUCAUUAGACCAACGUUUUGUUUUUGUUCCCCUAACAUUCUUAGAAUUCCUGUGCAUCAAACACCUCAAUUCCCCCCCAAAUAACAAUAUUUGCUUGCAAUACCACUAGAAGUUGCAUGGUUUGAGAUUUGUGUGGAGCUAUGCACGCUUUUCCAUCAAGUUCAAAAUUGUGUGCUGUUGGGGGUACUUCAGGACAGGAGUUGGGAAACACUGCUCUAGGUAGAUACCAGCCAGACUCUUACCUUUAAAGGAGAAGUUAGAUUAUUAUUUUUUUACAAACAAAUCUGUAUUAAGAAUGUAAAUGGUAUGUUAUAGAAGGGUCCAGACACUUUUUUUUUUGCGAUUUCAAGUGUUUGUGAGAGACCCCAAACAGUGAUUCACUUCCUCAUCCUCGUUGUGCAAUACAGGUGCUCUGAAAAAAAACAUGAGUAAAUGCUCCAAAUACGUAGUCUUUUAAACGACAAUGCUCUCAGUAUAGUAAUGCAGGUCUUUAGAUAUUGUACACAUGUAAUUGUCAUUCCGAAUCUUUUCCGCGACGUUAUAUUCAGUUGGCUUCUAGGUACCCUCAUUAAGGCCAUAAGUCACUAAAGCAGAUCUUAGCAACUGGUAUCUGGGCCUUUGAGCCAUAAAAUUGGCCAAUGGUGUCCUUAAGCGAUUAAGAUGUUUCAAAUGUGUAGUCUAAUCAACCCCUCUGGUGGUAGAUUCCUGCGAAUCUCUUAGAGGAACAUGUCCGUCUCCCCUCUAUCCAUGUGUCUGUCUAAUAAAUCUUUAAAAAUAGAAGUUGUUCACGUCAUCUUUUCCAUACAGCAUUUCUCCACACCUUGAACAGUUUUACAUUCUAAAGACCUCACUAUACUGGGAGCUUUCCGGUUUCUAAAAGGAUUUAUUUGGGUGUUUUUUGGAGCAUUUUUUGAGCUUUCUCAGAGCUUCUGUACUGCACAACAAGGAUGAGGAGGUGAAUCGCUGGGUAAAAAAUAGAGACAUGAAACAAACCAUCACCAAAUCUAAUGCUACACAAAAUGUCCAGACUGGCAAGAUUCGCAUGGGAUGCUGAAAAAUCAACAAUGUAGCUCGUCAACACAGUGUAUGCGCUAAAACGUGUGACUUGUUACCAUAGAAAUAGUGGCUUUAGGCACAUUUUACCAAGCGAUCUCUGCCAUUUGCGGCAUUGUCAUUCCAGGUUUAGAUUCCUUGAUAUCUGAGGUAUAGCAGUUAAAGGGAAAUUCCACCCAAAAACUAUCUUUUGACAUUUGUUUCAUUAGUCCAUUGAUUGAUAUUGACUCAAUGUUUUCCAUGUCAGCAAUCAAGUUUUCAAGAUGUAUAACUUUCAAAAUACAGAAAUACAGCCGAUAUGAUGCGUUUUGCAAAAGGAUUCUGGUUCGAAUCUCCGACUAGUUGAGAAAUCUUUUUUUUUUUUUUUUCUUGAUCAAGGAACCAUAAUUUCCCCUGUAAGUCACUCUGGAUAAGAGCAUGUGCUAAAAUUACAUUUUUUUUUUUUUUAAAGCUGUCCGAAAACGGUGCUUGGUGCCCUGCAUAUCAUAUAAUCCCGUGCUGCACAUACUAUGCUGGGUGUCACUGCCCUCCACACUGUCACGCUGGUCUUGCUGCUGCAGACUAGGACAAUUGUAGCAGUUGCUGAACAUGAAUGUGCUGUGACAACAGUGACUAGCAAACACCACAAGGCUGUUUUCCCCCAUCUGACCAAAAUACGAGUCUCUACUGUAUGCUACGGUGACGUAGCUUGGUUUAGACUCAUUGUGCAGUGAUUUUUACUUUGGCAUCCUCCUUGACUGCACAAUUCCUUUCUGACCAUGCACUCUCCUCUCUGAAUUGUACACCAGGCAGCCAUCAGGCAGAUGGUCAUCCAUCCAUCCAAGUUCCUUUUAGCUUUAGCUCGGCAGAACAGAAUUACGCUGAUUCAUCAUCCACUGUGACAUCCACCCCUCCACCAGCACUAGGCACCCAUUCAGUUUGGUUCACUUCCAGGCCCAUUAGAAACUCUCUGUAUCAGCGGGGCCACUCUUAAUGCUGCAUUCUUAAUCUUGGAGGUGCCCCCCUCAUUUAUGCCGACCCACUUUACAUUAUAGGAGUGCUGACUGUAGCAGAGUGCGGCUCCCCUAUGGAGGGGAGAGCAGUGUGCGUGUGUCUGAGAGGCCAUUACUCCACUAGAAAUUGUGGGGCCCUGGUCGUCAUCCCUAAGGAGUGUGUGUGUGUGGUGUCAAUACAGCGCUGUGGGAAGUGUAGUGUAAAUGCAGCCACAGCAUGGCAGAGGAGGCUUCAUGAGGCUCAGCACUGCGUAGCACAGAUCAACUCUGUCUUGUAAGGGUUCUCAGUGCAUGAGUAAUGACACCACACACACACACAGCACACUCUCGUUAGGUUACAACUGAUAUCCUGAUUUAUUGGUAUGUUUUUACCAAUAAAACCCUAAACAAGCGCACAA